UUCUCUCGCUCUGGUGUGUGUAACGUGAUGCAGUAGUUUCCGUAAAUGGUCUUUACUCGAUGGCGACAGUUCGGUGGUACUGAGCCGCAUGAGGUGCAGCUUGUGCCCCUCUGGAGGAACAUUUCACUUCACGAGCCACUUGACAGCCAUCUAUUUGAGUAGUUUUUACUUUUUGUUCAGUGGCGGGACGGUGAAAAUAUCAUUUCCAUGCGCCUGACUUCAUUCGCGGAUACUGCAUUUUCUACAGAAGAAUGACUUCAGUGUGGAAAAGAUUACAGAGAGUUGGCAAAAAGGCCACCAAAUUUCAGUUCGUGGCGUCGUAUCAAGAACUUGUUCUGGAAUGUACAAAGAAAUGGCAACCAGACAAACUGAGAGUGGUGUGGACACGGAGGAACAGACGCAUUUGCUCAAAGCUUCAUUCAUGGCAGCCAGGCAUCAAAAACCCCUACAGGGGAAUGGUGGUGUGGCCCGUACCUGAGAAUGUGGACAUUACCGUCACACUCUACAGGGACCCGCAUGCGGAUGAGUUUGAAGACAAAGAGUGGACAUUCUUCAUUGAGAAUGAGACGGCGAAGGGCAGUCGGAAAGUUCUGGCGUCUGUGGACUUGAACGUGAAGAAGUUUGCUAGCGCCACACACUCACAAACAGACCUGAUGCUCAAAAUGAAACCACUUUCGGUUAAGGUGGUGGAGGCCACGCUGAAGCUCUCCUUAUCUUGUGUGUUCCUCAAGGAGGGGAAAGCUACGGACGAGGACAUGCAAAGUCUCGCCAGUUUGAUGAGUGUCAAGCCAACAGACAUUGGGAACCUAGAUGACUUUAAUGAAAGUGAUGAAGAAGAGGAUAAAAGAUCUAGUACUGGUGUUAAUAUCAGUACUGCAGCUCCAGCACCCCACCUUCCUCUUCGACCAAUACACUCCCAAGAAAAGAGACCUGCAUCUCUAAAGAGCUCUACAGCAAUAGUCAGUGGUAAGGACAGGCCUGCUGGUGGUGUCCUCUCACGCCCAGUGUCUAGCACUGUUCAUAAACCUGACCUGGCAUCACGUCCACCUUUACCCACCCCACCCACCAUGCCCUCACCCGCCCGCUCCAGACCGCCACGUCCACCACCCAUUGCCCAGCCACAGACCCCACCUGACUCCCACACAGAGCAAAAUGCUGCUGGUUCACUCCCUCCAGCAUUGCCCAAAAUCUUCCAGCCGUCCCCUGGCUCAGCUCCUGUGUCCUUUCAAAGAAGACUGUCAGGCUCCGAGGCCCCUCUGGAGGGUCCCGUGACCCCUGACUAUCCUUUGCUCAAACUCCCUCGUGCUUCUCCGUCUUCUCCUUCUGACCCCUUCCUCUCUCACUCCUCCUCUCCUCCCACUGUGCUCCUGAAAGAUUCAUUCGGAGCACCUCGCACCAAUGUUUUUAAGCCCAAGAUUGUCCCCGGUGCUCGUCCUUUAUCCCCCACUCCUGUCCCCCUCCUCGAGCCCAAAACUUCUUCCCUCUCUCUCUCUGACACGCUUAAGCGUCCAUCUGCUGGCACUCUGCCAGUAUCCACACAGCUAAAUGAGCAGACUGAGGUUUCUUCAUCUCCCUUCUUCAGUGUCCCUCUAAAUGAAUCUGUCACCCCUGUUCCUUUGCUGAGCAAACCAGAUCUUGAAGCUCUGUGCGAAACAUCUUGCACUUCUAGUCAACUCCCCAAACCACCUCUACCUCCUUCUGUCCCCAUCUCUCACCCCAUUAGCAAACCCCUACCUACCUCUUUUACCCCAGCAGCUGUCUCUUCCUUUACCCCUGCUCUUGCACUGUCAACCACUGAUGCCCGCACAACUGCCCCCUGCUGCUCAUCUCAAUCUUCUUCUACUUGCUCAGAGAUACCCAGGGAGCUCAACACACUUACAGAGGAGGAUCAAACAAACCCAUUUCUACAAGAUAUACUUGCUGAAGAACUGAAGGAUUCAGAGCCCAAAACAGAGCAGCAUCGCCCCUCUCGGACUGUCUGCAGCAUUAGCAUUGCUAAUCAACAAUCUCCUGCCACCCUUCGUCAACCUGAAACCAUCAGCACUGAAAGAAAAGAGCUCAAACCUGCCACAGGUGUAAAAAGUCUUGGGCCUGUUGGCAAGUCAUCAAUGGACACAUCUGGAGUACAGCUUGUGGAAGCUUCCAGAUCUGUUGACCUGGACAUUGGGACUGUCCCUCCUCCACACCCAUUCUCAGCUCCAGUGGUUUCCACCCAUAUGGAGAAAAAUCAAGUUUUUAUAGCAGAGAAACCUCCAUUAGCUGAGGAGGAACCGGAUUUUAAAGUGGCAGAUUUUGAUAAAAUAAUCAUAACCUCUCAGCCCAUUAAAGAUGUUAGUGUUAGCAAACGCCUUGAGAAAGAACCACUCAUAAUUGACACUGAACAGCCAACACAGGCUAGUCUGGUUCAAGCUGUUUCAGUAACCGAUGAUGACUUACUACAACAACCAAAAAACACCAAAAUUGAAUCAGCAGGGGAAGUUUCCAUAAAAGAGGAACCGAACAUGCAAGACACGAAGGGUGCUCUGCUUUGUGCCGAGCUCAACAAGUCAGACGAGGACAAGAUCAUCAAGAAAUUUGCCUCAACUGUGGUUACCCCUACAGAACACAACAUCCCCAACAUUUUAUCCAGCUCAUCACCUCUGAAACAGGAACCUACAAAUGUUCCCAACAAUAAAAGCCAAGUGUGGGUGGAAGACGCCGUUGCAUCUAAGUCCAACAGCAGUUUGAGAGAGAAACAGUCCUGUAAGGAUCAUCUGGACAAGAGUUUAACUAUUGAGGAAAGUCCAAUUGAAAUGGCCUUCACUCCACCUAAAAGGCCUAGCGUUAGCCUCAAAGCGGCUGCUCCUCAAAUAUCAGAUCUGCCCAAAGAGUUUCCUCCCAUUCAUCCCCAAUCCCUGGAGCCCAAAGUCCUUAAAUGCAUCUCAGAACAAACUCCAGCAGUCAGUCAACCAGCAAAACCAGAGCUGAUUGUGAAGGAGUCGGACAACACAGUGUUAACGCAGAAGAGCGUGGAGGUCCAUUCGCUUGCUCAAGCAGAAGUGCCAAUCUGGAGUUCUCUGGAAGAGAAAACAAAAGAUCAGGGGGAUGAAGCAAGAGAUGAGGAAAUAAAUAAGCACAAAACGCCUGAGAAGAUGCCAAAAGACGACAAUAAAGAAGAAAUGUCUACAAAAAAAUCUUUAGAAGCAGGCAAAGAAAAAGCUGUCAUCCAAGUUGAGGAUGCUGAGAAUCUCAGUUUAAAUAAACCAGAUUCCCAAGAGCCGAUACCCUCCAUUGUCCUUAAACUACAACCCGCUGAGCCUAUUAAGGAAAAGAAAAAAGAAGCUGUUAAAGUCAGUAAACCGGUCCGUAUGAAGCCUUCACUUCCUGUAAUCUCCCCUGCUGUUGCUGUAACGGAAAAGGACAACAGAACUUCACCGCAUCUGGAGGAAAUUUGCACUCUGACCCCCAACCUGUCUCUGGAUACAAAGUCAGAUGAAAAUGGUUUAAAUAAAAAGGUCACAUUUGAGGAAGAGAGUGUGUUAUGGGCUGCGGUAGAGGAGAAAUCAAAAGAAAAAACUGAUGAAGGUGUUAGCACGGCCAAGUUGAUACCAGAAAAAGAGGUUCUGGAUAGGGGCCAACAUGGACAAGAAACCUCAGAAAACAAGCCUACGGAGCAAGAGGAUUCUUUUACCUUAUCCCAUUUCCACCACAAACUAGAUAAAAAUGCUAACAAGGAAAGCCAGAGGGAAGAUAGUAAAGAGAAGACCAAUAAAGAAGAAGAUUCAGAUAAUAAGAUGCUGCAAACAGGCUGUGAGACUAUUUGGACUCAAGCUGGACCUAAAGAAGAUCUGAAGAGUGUCCGUUCAGGAACCGAACUUGGUCGUGAGCCUGAUGUAGGAACAGACAGAAACAUGGACACCUGCAAACAGGAACCUGACUCAGUUUCUGACCAGGAAGACGUAUCUGUAGGCUUCAUACGGGGGAUUUUUGGUGUUCUGUAUAAAGGUUAUGAGACCAUGACAUCAGUACUACAGCAGCCAAGCACAACAGAAACAGAUGACACAGUUUUGGAUGAUCAAGAUGGAUCUGUGGUUGAAAUUCUCCCUCCUGAGGCUUUCUCUGACACCAAAAUUGAGCAUCCGACCGACGAUGAGCCUCAGGAAUCAAUAAUCCACGAUUUGUUACCUUCUGGCGAGUCACAGAUAGAUAUUCAGACCUCCGAGCCUGUGGCCAUGAGCCUGGUGGAGUGUUUGAAACUGGCUGCUAGAGAAACUCAAAGCGGAUCUAUGUAUUUCAAGACCCAGGAUAAAGGAAGCCCUUCUAAACAGAAAGCAACAAAUGAGCAAAUACUGAGAAAUGACAAAAGCAUAAAAGUGGAAUUGAAGUCUGAAAGAGUGAUAUCAAAAGAAGAGAAGAAUGAAGAGCCUCUGGAAAGCGCACAAGAAGACAUAACUGCUGAGAAAGAGGUGCAGAGCCUCAGCUCUGUGGAAACAGGUCAUUUGAUGACCGAGGUAGACUUUGAAGAAAUAACAAUACACGAAAGCCCAAAAAGAAAUAGACAUGAAGAACUCCUCCCUGGCAAGAUAAAAGGAGCAGAUUUAAGGCCUAUGGCAGAGUCGGAGGGUUCACAGGAGGAGCUGGAAUUCGAACUGGGUCAGGAAUACAUAGGAACAGUGUGGUCUGCUGAGCUAUAUAUGGAUGGAGGACCAGAGGAAUCCUCAAUACCGCCAAUAUCACAACCAAAGGCUUUCACACUGGAAUCACCUCAGACUGCCUUUCCACCAGAAUCUGGGUCUAUAUUAAAAGACACUACACCAAUGGAAACUAUUUCCCAACCUGCUAGCAAAGUUCUCCCUCCCUGUCAAGACAAGACUAUGCAGUCACCACCCGCAGUGCCUUUACAGGAAGUCGGCCCUGAUGCCGUCAAUCAAAACAUGAGCGCUGUAGCUGCUAAAGGGCAUGAACAAGGAACCACUUCUUUACAUGUAACUAUAGAGACAGCAGCUGUAAAGACUGUUGAGAAAUGCAAAGAUGUUGCAAAAGAGACAAGUGAGAAUGACUUGUCACCACUAGAGGGAGACAAUACCAAAACCAUGUGUAUUAACAGCGCUUCAAAAGUUGAGAUGGAAAAAGAGAGCAGCCCAGUCAUCACCAAGGCAUCAGAAAGACCGAAAGAUAUAAACGUUGAUGAGAACGUUGUUUCUGGGAAGGACGUUUCUCCGAGGAGCUCAGUGGUCCCGUGGCCAUUUCCUUCUCCUAAACCCGAAAGGCACCGUGAGCCCUCAAAAAGUGCAGAAAGUUCCAGUCUAAAAGUAGAUGACCUUUCGGAGGAGAGCGUUCUGUUAGAAAAGAUUCGUCAAAUGGCUGAAGAAGAUACGGCACAGCCGUCAGCUUCCACUCCACGCACUAAGAAACGUUUGAUCCCCUGCGAGUCUGAUUUUGAACUUCCCCCAUCUCCUCCCAUGCAACUAAAGUCCAGCAAACCACCCGUAGAUGAGAUACGCCCAAAUUCAGAUCAGACGGAGAUUACAAAAACACUCGGAUCUCCACCGUCAGUGAUUUCUCCAGAGCAGACUAAUGAGAAGAUUGACAUCAGUCAUUCUCAGACUGUUCCACUGGAGACCUUUAAGUUAGAUGAACAUAGAGAAGCCAGUGCUAGAAAUGCUGUUUUAGAUGAUAAUGUCCAGUUGAACAAGCAAGAACAAAACAUCCAGCUGGAAUGUAUGGCAGCUGAAAGGGAGUGCCAAGAUACACCAGCUGUUAAGCCCACAAACCAGACAGAGAACACAGAAGCUGAAAAUAAGAACAAGGAAGAACCAGAAUUAAGUACUGAUAUAAGUGAAGAGGCUCAAAUAGAACAGGAUAGACCACCUUCUCCAGUGCCUGAUGAAUUGUCUGGUCAUCCUCAGGAAGAGGAGUCCUCCAAUGUAACCCCAGAGGCUAAAGUGAGCGAGACGCCAUCUAGGAGCCCAGGCAGAAUGCAGGUUAAUGGCCAGACCACUACAGAUUCAUCCCAUGUGAUUGUGCCUCCAACGCGCAGUAAAAAGAAAAUUAUUCCACCACCAAUGGACCUUGCAAUAGUAAAAACAAUGGAUGAAUCCAUUAAAGAGGGUUCAGCAGUGCCUGGAUUGGAUUUUGCCAAUCCACUGCCCAGUCCUGGUUUGGUGAACUCCAGUCAGUCCUUGCUGGAGUGGUGUCAAGAGAUCACUAAAAAAUAUAAGGGAGUAAAAAUCACAAACUUUAGCACCUCUUGGCGUAACGGCCUGGCGUUCUGUGCCAUCCUACAUCACUUCCACCCUGAGAUAAUUGACUUUGGUGCAUUGGAGCCUCACAACAUAAAGCAAAACAACAAAGCUGCUUUUGAUGGUUUUGCAUCACUGGGAAUCUCUCGUCUGCUGGAGCCCUCAGAUAUGGUGCUUCUCUCUGUGCCAGAUCGUUUGAUUGUAAUGACGUACUUGUGCCAAAUCCGUGCACACUUCACUGGGCAGGAGCUGAGUGUUUUACAGAUAGAGCAGAACAACAGUCAGUCCAGCUAUGCAGUAGCCGGGCCAAACCAAGGACCGGAUAUACAAACGGCAGCCAAAUUCUGUGCAGAGAGGCUCCAGGCUGGAGCUCUGACAGGAGACAGUAACAGCAAGGACUCAGUGGGAGACGAGGGAAGUGACAGUGCGGCUAAGCUGAACGGAGGUCUUGUUGCUCCACCUCGGACUAAACGUACAGGAAAGGUGGAAGAGAAGGGCAGUAAGGAAACAGAAGGAGGUGCGCAGACUCCUGUGGCCCCGCCACGACCAAACGCAGCGGCUUCCAGAUCAGGAUUUGGACACAUACGAGAUGCGGAUCUGGUGAAGAAACGGCGGUCACGACUAAAGAGCGAAUCCAUGGAUGAGACUGAUUCAAAGGAGUCAGAUAAAGGUGAACUGACAGAUGAAGGAACUAAUGGCUCGACAGCUGCCAGAGAAAGUGCUGAAACAGAACUUCAGGAAGCAAACCAAGAUGUUAAAUCAGCAGAGUUUGAGACGAUGUGUCUGCAGGACACCAAUCAGUAUGUGUUGAGUGAACUUCAGGCCCUGGAAACCGAACAGAAGCACAUAGACAGCAGAGCUGCAGUUGUGGAGAAAAGACUCCGAAAGAUCAUGGAGACGGGAAGCGAUAAAGAUGAAGAAGAGAAGCUGAUUCAGGAAUGGUUCACUCUGGUCAACAAGAAGAACGCUCUGAUUAGGAGACAAGACCAUCUGGAGCUGCUGCAAGAAGAGCAGGAUUUAGAAAGAAGAUUCGAGCUGCUAACCCGAGAGCUCAGAGCCAUGAUGGCUAUUGAAGACUGGCAGAAAACUCAGGCCCAACAGCACAGAGAACAGCUACUGCUACAGGAACUAGUGUCUCUGGUCAACAAGCGGGACGAGCUGGUCAGAGACAUGGAUGCAAAAGAGAGAGUGGCUUUGGAGGAGGAUGAGAGACUGGAGAAAGGUCUGGAGGCAAGACGUAGAAAAUACAGCAAUAAGGAAAAGUGUGUUCUUCAGUAAAGAAACUUGAAUUCUUAUGAAAUCUGCGGCUCACUGCACCAGAGAUGUUCUGAAUGACUUGGACUAUGUCAGGACAUUAGUGUGCCUUGUUUUAACUUUCAAAGACACUUAGCUUGAACAUGAAGCCCUUCGUCAAAAACAUCUUCAAGAACUCAGUGACAUCUCAGUUGGAUGUAAAACAUGUCCAGUGUAGAUCAGACAAGUUUGAUCUUACCUGAAAGUUUGCACAAUGUUUUGAAGGUUUUCCCAGGUCGCACUGGUCAAGAGUUUGCUAUUUUAAGCAAUAUUACUUUAAAUCUGAAAGAAGGUCUUUAUUGGACAAUAAACAACAGCCUUCACACACCUGAAUGGUUGCAAACAAUUGAACUGAACACAAGAAAUAAUAAGAAAAGAGAAAACCCUGCACACUGUUGGAGGUUACAAGGAAUCCAAAAUGUAUUGAGAUUUCUGUCACACAACCGUAGACAGGAUUUUUUUUUUU